UCUGUUCGGCCACUUCUACUCCGACGUUUGUGAAACUGCCGUUCCACCUUGAUAGACACUCCCAAAAGUAGUUACAAUGCCCCAGUUUAAAGUUUUAUAGCAGCAGAACGUCGGUUAAAGUCCUUCAUACCGACAGCCAUCAGACUGUAUAAUGCACAUGUUCCUUUUGACUGUACAUGUACUGUAAAUGUAGAAGAAGAAAGAAAGCUGUAGGUGGGAUCGGUGUAUUAGCGGCUGGCUGCAGCAACACAACCAGGAGGACUUUGAAAUGGAUAGCAGACGCGCUAUCUGCCGACCUCACCUUGACUUCCUCCGUCUCCGGGCCGCCGACCGCAUUUAUGAUCGGGUGAAGUCCUUCGUCGCUCCGUCGAUCGCUGGAACGCAGGUGAGCACGGGUGUUGAUGAGCAGAUGAGGGCUGGCUGGCGUAGGUGGAUAGCUAAUGUUUUUAGCAUAGCUCUGUCGAGAUCCCGUAGCUAAGUUAGCUUCAAUGGUGUCGUUAGCAACAGCAUUUUUAAGCUUCGCCAGGCUGGAAAGCAUUAACCGUGUAGUUACAUGUCCAUGAUUUAAUAGUAUUGUUGAUUUUCUGUCUAUCCUUCCAGUCAGGGGUUUAUUUCUUUUGUUUCUAUCUGCAUUUAAGCCCGAUGCUAUCACGUUAGCUCCGUAGCUAAAGACCUUCGCCGAUGUAUUGUCGUGGAGAUAAAAGUCACUGUGAAUGUCCAUUUCGCGUUCUCGACUCUCAUUUUCAAGAGGAUAUAGUAUCCGAGGUGGUUUAAAAUACAAAUCCGUGAUCCACAAUAGAAAAAGGAGAAAGUGUGGAAUCCAAUGAGCCAGCUUGUACCUAAGUUACGGUCAGAGCGAAAAAAGAUACGUCCUGCACUGCACUCUAGUCCUUCACUCUCACGUUCCUCAUCCACAAAUCUUUAAUCCUCGCUCAAAUUAGUGGGGUAAUCGUCACUUUCUCGGUCUGAAUCGCUCUCGCUGCUGGUGUAAACAAUGGCGAAAUAUGAGGAGCCUUUCAACCUGUGACGUCACGCUACUUCCGGUACAGGCAAGGCUUUUUUUUAUCAGCGACCAAAAGUUGCGAACUUUAUCGUCGAUGUUCUCAACUAAAUCCUUUCAGCAAAAAUAUGGCAAUAUCGCGAAAUGAUCAUGUAUGACACAUAGAAUGGAUCUGCUAUCCCCGUUUAAAUAAAAAAUUAUCAUUUCAGUAGACCUUUAAGUAACAUUUAUGACAACCUUUUUCCAAAACACAAUAUUUAAUGUGAGAUAUAAUGCCUUAAUUUUAUCUUUUUUUUUCAAAACGCUUACAAAAAAGUGGGACCCCAAAAAUUUACCCCCCACCUUUGACCCCAUCAAGAACGCAGAACGCAUAUAUGUGUCCUCUUUUUGGGAUUUCACAAUGUGGUCAGCCUACUCAUCUAUAUACUUGGGUUUUCUGUUAACAAGAAUAUACCGGUUGUUUUUUAUUGGUGUAUUAUGGGGAGAAAAGUUGUGUUUAAAGGUUAAUUUCCAGUAAAGAUGGGUAGUCUUCGGUUUGUAAAACAAGCCUUUGAUUACGGCGCCAUCUUGUGGCGUACCAUUGUGGCGUUUACUUCCGCCCUGCUCGACGCAACAUCCGGUUGUGCAGCAGCCAUUUUGUCUGUUCGGCCACUUCUACUCCGACGUUUGUGAAACUGCCGUUCCACCUUGAUAGACACUCCCAAAAAUAGUUACAAUGCCUCAGUUUAAAGUUUUAUAGCAACAGAACGUCGGGUAAAAUUUUUAUUUGAAUAAUUCCGCGCCCGGAGAGGCCAAAGUUAGCCCCGUCCGCUCGGAAACAUGUCGUGCGAGGAGAGCUACUUGGCCAUCCUUCGCUAUCUGACGGAUGAAGGAGAGCCGUACGCCCCCGGCACUCCGGGCAACACCAAGAGGAAGAUACGCAAGGCGGCGGCCUGCUACGUGGUGCGGGAUGGCGUUUUGUUCUACCAGCGCCGGCGGAAGGGCCAGGACGCGUUCAGCGAGCUGGAGGUGGUGCUGCAGGACCCCCGCAGGAAGGAACUGAUCAGCCGCGCACACGUCCUGGAAGGCGGGGAGCACCUCAACCAGCAGCUCACCUGGGAGACCAUCUCUCAGAAGUACUGGUGGAGAGGUAUCCAGAAGCAGUUGAAGGACCACAUACGAGAGUGUGAGAACUGCGCACGUCGGCGGGCCACAGAUGAAGGGUCAGGGCGAGGGAUGUCCAUCUUCGGCCGCCUGACCAAACGCAAGGUGGCCGACGACGAGGAUCUAGAGGAGGAGGAAGAGCUUGACGAUGGCCUGCUUUUCAUGGACAGAUCCAAGGUGUCAGACAAUGAGGAGCUGGUUUAUGUGAACAGCACAGGUGAGGUCAACCAGUUCCUGUCCCAACACGGACAAACCAUGUUGGACAAGCUCAACCAGCAGCGCCUCAGCAAUAAAUUCUGUGACAUCACGCUGCUGAUCGAGGGCGAGGAAUACCGGGCGCACAAAGCCGUGAUGGCGGCGUGCAGCGAGUACUUCAACGAGCUCUUCUUCGAGAAGGGCGCCGCCACCACGCACGAAGCCGUGGUCGACCUCGCCGGUUUCACCAAAGACAGCUUCCUGCCGCUGCUGGACUUCGCCUACACGUCCACGCUCACGUUUAACUUCAGCAUCAUGGCGGAGAUCGCCAACCUGGCACGCCACCUGCUGAUGUCGGAGGUGCUGCAGAUCUGCGAGUCGGUGCACAAGCAGGUGGAGGCGCGGCAGCUGAUGCUGUACCAGCGAAGGCACGUCCACACGGUGGUGCCCGACCAUGUGGCGUCCCCUGAGGACGCCGCGGACGCAGGCGGCGCGUACACGGUCACCAUUCAGAGUGACGGCAGCGCGGUCGUGACCCACACGGGACUGGCAGUGGCAGGCGAGCCCUUUACCAUCGUGGCGCCUGGCGGUACCGAGCAGCAGGUGGCCGUCGAUGAGGGCACCACGGUGCUGCAAGGCGAGGACGGCCAGACGCUGACGCUAAUAGCGCACGCCGGUCAAGCGGCUCUCAUCUCCCACGGCGGCGAGGGCGAGGAGGGGGAAACCAUGACGGUGGUCACCCACAGCGGACAAGCGGGUGUCGGCAAAUCCUUCUGCUUGGCCAUCGAGCAGCCCCAGGCGGCAGAGGCGGAGACUUUUGUCUUGGACGUGGAGGCGGACCCGGCCGAGCCCUCGGAGGUCACCCCGCCCGAGGCGCACACCCCAGCGGUGGCCGAGGGUACGGCCACCGAGACGUUGGCACCGGACCAGCUUGAUCCUCCGCCACAGAAACGUAAACGCGGGCGGCCGGCCAAAGUGAAGAAGGAGGUGGAGGUGGAGGUGUUGGCGCCCCCGGUGGAGCAGCAGGAGGAGGAGGGGGCGCUCUCCACCGAUGAAGACAAGCAGGGGGACAUGUCCGACCCCAGCAAACGACGACUGCGCCAACGCUCGAUGGCGGAGGGAGGCUACGCGCGUCUGCACAUGGGCCUGGAGGGCGAGGAGGAGGGAAAGACAGUCGCAACCCCCCCACACACCACCACCCCAAAGGUGGUCCAGAGGCCCGGAAAGAGGGGGCGCCCUCCCAAGCAGCCAGUGGAGAACUCUGCAGCAGAAGAGAAGGAGUCCGCGGCAGAAGUCGACUUUGCUGUGAAUGUUUCUUCCGAACACGUUGACUCUGACGAGGCCGCCACCAAGUCGGCGGACCCUGAGGUGGCAACAGAGGAGGGAGACAAAGCGCCAGCAGACGGCGCCACGGAUGGAGACUACACGUGCAUGGAGUGCGGCAUGUCCUUCCCAAGGCGCUACGCUCUCAUCAUGCACGCCAUGAAGCACGACAAGGCGCGAGGGUACAAGUGCAGUCUGUGCAACAAAGAGUUCCAGUACGUGGCCUCGCUGCGCGCCCACCUGACCCGCCACAAGCAGAGGAGCAGCCAGCGAGCGCCCGCCGCCUCCAAAGUGUCGGACGAGGAGCGCGGCAACAAGACGACGGCGCCGCCGCAGACCACGCGCAAGUAUGUGUGCGACCUCUGCGGCAAGACGCUGCCCCGCCUCUACUCGCUCAGCGUGCACAUGCUGCAGCACACGGGCGUGCGGCCGCACUCGUGCAAGGUGUGCGGCAAGACCUUCGCCCACAAGUACAACCUGAAGAUGCACCGUGUUCUGCAUGACGUCACGAAGCAGUUCCAGUGUCAGUACUGCGACAAGUCCUUCGUCAGCAAGCGCAACAUGGAGGAGCACACCAGCCUGCACACAGGUGAGUCCAAGUACCUUUGCAACAAGUGCGGAGCCACCUUCUAUCGAGCAUCGGCGCUGAGCAAACACCUAAAGAAGCACAAACCUAAACCGGACGUGCGGGCGUUCGCUUGUUCCCGCUGCGACAAGCGCUUCUUCGAGGCCAAAGACCUGCAGCAGCACAUGAACAAGCACUUGGUCCUCAAGCCCUUCCAGUGCGAGGUGUGUGGGAAGUGCUACAGCUGGAAGAAGGACUGGUACUCGCACGUCAAGUCGCACAGCGUGGUGGAGCCGUACAAGUGUAACGUGUGCGGGAAGGAGUUCCUGGAGAAAGCGCUCUUCAGGAGGCACGUGAAAAAGGCCACGCAUGGCAAGAAAGGCCGCGUCAAACAGAACCUGGAGCGCCACUGCGAGCAUUGUGGCAGGAAGUUUGUCCAGCUCAGGGAGUACCGGCGUCACAUGAACACUCAUCAAGGAAUAAAGCCCUUCGAGUGCGUGACGUGCGGCGUGGCGUGGGCCGACGCCCGCUCCCUCAAGCGCCACGUGCGCACGCACACGGGCGAGCGUCCGUACGUGUGCCCCGUCUGCCAGGAGGGCCACAUCGACGCCCGCACGCUGCGCCGCCACAUGACCAAGCACCACGUGGACAGCCUGCCGGGCAAGAUCAUGCUGGAGAAGGACACGCUGCAGUUCCACAACCAGGGCACGCAGGUGGAGCACGCCGUCAGCAUCCUGCCCGCCGACCUGCCGCCCGAGCUGCGCCUCGCCCAGCCGCCGCCCUCCGAGGAGAUAGAGACGGUGCUCAUCACCGAGGAGACGGUGGAGGCCAUGGACGCCGUGGAGGCGGUGCAGGUGGCCGACGGCGCGGUGCUGUCGGAUCAGGGCAUCAUGCAGGUGGUCAACUACGUCCUGGCGCAGCACGCCAUCACCGGCGUCAAGGUGGAGGAGGCGCCCGAGGCCGUCCAGACAAUGGAAGUGGAGUGAACCUUUUCUUACCGUGUACAUAUUCUUAUUGUUAUUAAUAUCCAUAUGCAAAUCAUGUCGGCCCACAAGAACACUCAGGUGAAACCUUUCUAGAAACGAGCUCAUUAAAUCGACACUGACGCAUCUUC